AUGGCCGCAAUUGAAUCUUUCAUCAGGGGCCAUGCUGAUCUUGAUCUCAAAUCAUUGAAGGAACUGAAUCUUCUGUUGGCUGCGAUCGAGUAUUUAUCUUUGUCAAUUGGUGGAUUACUAUUAAUAAUUUCGAUAACAGGACUUUUUGCAUCAUGUUAUCAGUCGAAAUUGGUGCUCUCCCUGUUUGCUGGUGCGCUCACAGUGCCAAUUUUAGGACUCAGUUGUCCUCAGCCAGCGCUUCCGAGGCUUAUCCGGCCUUCCGUCAACGUGAAUAAGAUUGAGAUUUCCUCUUAG